UGUUGUUUGCGCCCUGGUACAACCCAUCUGCCUUGAAUCUAGUGCUCCGCUGGGGCUGCACACAUCUGCCAGCCAGCCUACCUUCGUACACAAUUACUCAAUCCACCGUAAGGCUCUUUAAUAGGAAACAAGUGUGACAACGGCAAGCCUCUUUUUUUUAUCCUCCUUCUGCCUCUUAAACCACAGAGUCAAAUAGCUCUAAUAGAGAUGAAGCUUGAUAGAUCCGCCCAGGUGUAGGUGAAAUGGUAGAGCCUCAGGAGUAACAGAUUCUGUGCUCUCAGGCUGAAGUUUAGCACUCUGUCCUGACCGGCUCUCAGGCGGCAGCGCGAUGGGCUGCUCCUUGAAUGGUUACAAAGUCAACAUGCUUCUUGCCGCUCACGUUUAUGCCUAAUCCGGAGGGCAACCUGGAGCUAGGUGAAGACCGGCAGAACCACCCUUUCAUUUCAGCGUGUGGACAAAGGACAGCAAAUGCAGCUAAAGGACCUUGCAAAAAGGAAAACAGCCCUGAGUGCUAUCCAUUCAUCAAAAAGGAUACUUAAUGUCUCCAGAUACUUAAACAGUUGGAUUGAACAAAUGUACCUCAGGAAUUAAGAAUUCUUCCUGGAAAGAGCAGGCUAAAGCAGACCUCAUGUAAGUCCCACACAGAUGUAGACAGAGAAACUGCUCAUUAUCAAUCAACGAACACAAACAAGUUGAAGACUGCUCAGUUUCCCCUGUAAAAGUUUCCAGAUUGUUUGAACUUCUCUGGCCGCACAAUACAGGACGGGAGACUGAAGCAGCAUAGGACCCACAGCGUCUGCAGCAUGGGCUGGUUCGCUAGGAUUGUCUGUCUUUUCUGGGGAGUAUUACUUACAGCAAGAGCGAACUAUCAAAAUGGGAAAAACAAUGUGCCAAGACUGAAAUUAUCCUACAAAGAAAUGCUGGAAUCCAACAAUGUGAUCACUUUCAAUGGCUUGGCCAACAGCUCCAGUUAUCAUACCUUCCUUUUGGAUGAGGAACGGAGUAGACUGUAUGUUGGAGCAAAGGAUCAUAUAUUUUCAUUCAACCUGGUCAACAUCAAGGAUUUUCAAAAGAUUGUGUGGCCAGUAUCUUACACCAGAAGAGAUGAAUGCAAGUGGGCUGGAAAAGAUAUUCUGAAAGAAUGUGCUAAUUUCAUCAAGGUGCUUAAGGCUUAUAAUCAGACUCAUUUGUAUGCCUGUGGAACGGGGGCUUUUCAUCCAGUUUGCACCUACAUUGAAAUUGGACAUCAUCCUGAGGACAACAUUUUUAAGCUUCAAGACUCACAUUUUGAAAAUGGCCGUGGGAAGAGCCCAUAUGACCCUAAACUGCUGACGGCAUCUCUUUUAAUAGACGGAGAAUUAUACUCUGGAACAGCAGCUGAUUUUAUGGGGCGAGACUUUGCUAUCUUCCGAACUCUUGGGCACCAUCAUCCAAUCAGGACGGAGCAGCACGAUUCCAGGUGGCUCAACGAUCCAAGGUUCAUUAGUGCCCACCUCAUCCCAGAGAGUGACAACCCUGAAGAUGACAAAGUGUACUUUUUCUUCCGUGAAAAUGCAAUAGAUGGAGAACACACUGGAAAAGCCACUCACGCUAGAAUAGGUCAGAUAUGCAAGAAUGACUUUGGGGGCCACAGAAGUCUGGUGAAUAAAUGGACAACAUUUCUCAAAGCUCGUCUCAUUUGCUCAGUGCCAGGCCCAAAUGGCAUCGACACUCAUUUUGAUGAAUUGCAGGAUGUAUUCCUGAUGAAUUCUAAAGAUCCUAAAAAUCCAGUUGUAUAUGGAGUGUUUACAACUUCCAGUAACAUCUUCAAGGGGUCAGCCGUGUGCAUGUAUAGCAUGAGUGAUGUGAGAAGGGUAUUCCUUGGACCAUAUGCUCACAGGGAUGGUCCCAACUACCAGUGGGUGCCUUAUCAAGGAAGAGUCCCCUACCCACGACCAGGAACUUGUCCCAGUAAAACAUUUGGUGGAUUUGACUCUACCAAAGACCUUCCUGAUGACGUUAUAACAUUUGCAAGAAGUCAUCCAGCCAUGUACAAUCCAGUAUUUCCUAUCAAUAACCGGCCGAUAAUGAUCAAAACAGAUGUAAAUUAUCAGUUUACACAAAUUGUGGUAGAUCGAGUGGAUGCAGAAGAUGGCCAGUAUGAUGUCAUGUUUAUUGGAACAGAUGUUGGAACUGUUCUUAAAGUAGUUUCAAUUCCUAAGGAGACCUGGCAUGACUUAGAAGAAGUUCUGCUUGAAGAAAUGACAGUUUUUCGGGAACCAACUACUAUUUCAGCAAUGGAGCUUUCCACUAAGCAGCAACAGCUCUAUGUUGGCUCCACCACAGGGGUCACACAGCUGCCCUUACACAGAUGUGAUAUUUACGGGAAAGCCUGUGCAGAGUGCUGCCUCGCCCGAGACCCUUACUGUGCCUGGGACGGCGCCUCCUGCUCUCGCUAUUUUCCUACUGCAAAGAGACGCACAAGACGACAAGAUAUAAGAAAUGGAGAUCCAUUGACCCACUGUUCAGACUUACAACACCAUGAUAAUCACCAUGGCCACGGCUUUGAAGAAAGAAUCAUAUAUGGAGUAGAAAAUAGUAGCACGUUCCUGGAAUGCAGUCCGAAAUCACAGCGAGCUCUGGUCUAUUGGCAAUUCCAGAGGCGAAAUGAAGAGCGAAAAGAAGAGAUCAGAGUGGAUGAUCAUAUCAUCAGAACAGAACAAGGCCUUCUACUGCGUAGUCUACAGCGGAAGGAUUCAGGCAAUUACCUCUGUCAUGCGGUGGAACACGGAUUCAUGCAAACUCUUCUUAAAGUGACCCUAGAAGUCAUUGACACAGAACAUUUGGAAGAACUUCUUCAUAAAGAUGAUGAUGGAGAUGGGUCUAAGACCAAAGAAACGUCCAACAGCAUGACGCCUAGUCAGAAGGUCUGGUACAGAGACUUCAUGCAGCUCAUCAAUCAUCCCAACCUGAACACAAUGGAUGAGUUCUGUGAACAAGUUUGGAAAAGGGACCGAAAACAGCGUAGGCAAAGGCCAGGACAUACCCAAGGGAACAGUAACAAAUGGAAGCACUUACAGGAAAAUAAGAAAGGCAGAAACAGGAGGACCCACGAAUUUGAGAGGGCACCCAGGAGUGUCUGAGCUGCAUUACCUCUAGAAACCUCAAACAAGUAGAAACUUGCCUAGACAAUAACUGGAAAAAAUGCAAUAUACAUGAACUUUUUCAUGGCAUUAUGUGGAUGUUUACAAUGGUGGGAAAUGCAACUGAGUUCCACCAAUUAUAAAUUAAGUCCAUGAGUAAUGUUACUAACAGGCAUUCUUCCGAAUACCAACACCUAUUAAUAGAGGUCAGAUGAACACAGAUGUUCACAGUAGUGACUUAAUGUUUCCUGUGAGAUUUCACUAUACAGGUUUCACUUUCUUCUUUGCCUGAGAAAUAAAAAUGUCAUUUGCCAUAGUGCCAUCUAAAGAAUAAAAAUGGCAUCAGCAAAGCCAUUUUAUUGAACUAGAAGUUUAAGAUAAACUGCAUGGAUUUACUGAGCUGAUGAAUAUUCCAAAACAUUGUUGGAUUCAAGGAUAUGUUUUGGCUACCAACACUCAUGUUUAUGUGUACUGGAGGAGUAAAAUGAUACUGAAUGAAAUGGUCUGUGGAAAUUAAAAAAAAAAAAAAAAAACAUAAACCAUUCAUCAUCCAGAAGAAAAAUGGAAUACACUGAUCUACUACUGAUGUCUUUCUUCCAGCUUUGAUCUAAAGAUGUAUUUUAUUAAAACUAUAAUUUAAAUGUACCAUGACAAAUAUGCAGAAAAAAUUAGCUCUUUUCUAAGCUAGAGUAAGUUUUUGUCUUACAGUUAUUGUGGUAUAUAGUUUUUGUUUUUAAAAAACUCCAGUUGUGUGCUGCUUUUUAAAAAUGUUUUCAGUUUUGCAAGAAUAACCAAUAUUGUCCUAAAUCAUAUAUACAUCAUUAGCAACUAAUUCCUAAAAUCUGGAUAUAAAGUAUGCUUUAUUUCUCUGAGGAAUUAAGAAAAUAACACCUCCCUUUCUUCAAAUAUUACCUAAAUUAAUUAGAAACUGCAUAAAUAUUCCUAGAAAAACAGCAUUUAUCUGGAAAGAAAAAAAAACAUCAAUUUGCAAGUGCGUUUUGUUGUACCUAAUGAAUCAACAAAGAGAAAAAGGAUUGUAUAUUUCAUAAAAAUAGUAAGCAUUGGUUUAAUUUAAUGUUAAUAGAAAAUGUCUUAACUCUU